AGGUUUAAAAAUAUUACAGAUGGUUGUUUUAUCCUUUUUUUUUCUUGCAAACUCAAAUAGCAUAAUUCUGCUAAAGCUGCAUAUCCUGUAGGCAAAUCAGCACAUCAAUUCCUAGAAUCACACAGGAGACGUGGGCUGCUGUUGGCAGGCAGAAGAUGCUCUGGCAUGAGGGGGAAAAAAAAAAAAAAACUCUCUUAGACACAAGCUUAAAAGAAAGGCUGCAACUGUGAACGGACCUUGCUUUAUGGCACUACUAACAUUAAAGGAACAAAUGGAGUGGAAUAUGUACAACGCAGGCCAACUGUUGGCACUAGUGCAGUUGCUCAGAACAUGAAUCUUUUUGCCUCAGGCUUCACCACUUGGGGAAACUGAUUCUGGAGGCAGAAUAGUUUGUCAGAUGACCUGAGAUUGAUUUUUAUCAAUUUUUUUUCUGCUCCCUCUCUCUUUCUUUGUGACCCUGGGAAUACUGGAUUUGCCUGCACUCUGGGAUCUAUUAUAUUAAUCAACAUAAAACAGCACAACAAAAGAAUCUUGAAGGAUAUGUCGGCUUUGCAAGCCUCCCAAAUCAAGUGUACAGGAAGUCUGUGAAGAGGGGCUUUGAGUUCACCCUGAUGGUCGUGGGGGAAUCAGGACUGGGCAAGUCAACUUUGAUUAAUUCCCUGUUCCUAACAGACCUGUAUUCAACAGAGUAUCCUGGACCAUCACAUAGAAUCAAAAAGACUGUACAGGUGGAACAGUCUAAAGUCUUAAUAAAAGAAGGUGGCGUUCAGCUGCUGCUCACAAUUGUUGACACCCCGGGGUUCGGAGAUGCUGUUGAUAACAGCAACUGCUGGCAGCCAAUCAUCGACCACAUAGACAGCAAGUUUGAAGACUACCUUAAUGCAGAAUCACGAGUGAAUAGACGACAGAUGCCUGACAGCCGGAUCCAUUGCUGCCUUUAUUUCAUCGCCCCCUCAGGACAUGGACUAAAACCAUUGGAUAUCGAGUUCAUGAAACGGUUGCAUGAGAAAGUCAAUGUCAUCCCUCUGAUCGCCAAAGCAGACACUCUCACCCCAGAGGAAUGCCAACAGUUCAAAAAGCAGAUCAUGCGGGAAAUCCAAGAGCACAAAAUCAAAAUUUAUGAGUUUCCUGAGACAGAUGAUGAAGAAGAGAACAGGCUGGUGAAGAAGAUAAAAGACAAGCUGCCGCUGGCUGUGGUAGGAAGCAACACCAUCAUCGAGGCGAAUGGCAAGAAGGUCAGAGGAAGACAAUACCCGUGGGGGGUUGCAGAAGUUGAGAACAGUGAUCACUGUGACUUCACUAUCCUGAGGGACAUGCUUAUCAGAACUCACAUGCAGGACCUGAAGGACGUGACAAACAACGUCCAUUAUGAAAAUUACCGCAGCAGGAAGCUGGCCGCUGUCACUUACAAUGGAGUGGACAACAAUAAGGCUAAAGGACAGCUGUCCACCAAACUUGACACAGUUGAAGGAAUGAGUCCUCUGGCCCAGAUGGAGGAGGAGAGACGGGAGCAUGUUGCUAAAAUGAAGAAGAUGGAGAUGGAGAUGGAGCAGGUGUUCGAAAUGAAAGUCAAGGAGAAGGUGCAGAAGCUCAAAGACUCUGAAGCAGAGCUUCAGCGGCGUCACGAGCAAAUGAAGAAGAACCUGGAGGCUCAGCACAAGGAGCUGGAGGAGAAGAGACGCGUCUUUGAGGAGGAGAGAGUAAACUGGGAGGCCCAGCAGCGCCUGGAGCAGCAGAAACUGGAGGCCUCCAGGACUCUGGAGAAAAACAAAAAGAAAGGCAAGAUCUUUUAGAGACAGUCAGCAGGACCACCCCAGCUCGAGUUGUUAUUGUUUGCCAACGUUGCUGGUCAGAACGCCCGUCGAGGGGCGCUGACACCCCCCCACCUCCUCUUCCCUCCCCUCCUCUGUUCCCCUCCCUCUCUCUCCUGUGCUCCACCUGCUCCUGCCGCUAAGAGGGUGUAACUGUGGGCGGUUAUGUGUAUGUGAGGGAGGCGGAGGGGUGGGGGUGUGCGUGUCCAGCCAGAACUGCAGCCACAGACCCCCCCCCUCCCCCACCCCUCGCCUCGGGACUCAUCAAUAAGGAAUGUGUUUACCUUUUAAACGAGGAGUAACCCCAUUUUAGUAAGGCCAAACCCAUAUUAUUAUUAUUAUUUUAAUUAUUAUUGUUGAUGUUUAUUAUUGUUGUUGUAUAACUCAAUACUGUUCCAACCUACUGCUUUUUUCCCUCCCAAGGUUGCUUUUAAAAGGUUUAUAGAGAGUCAAGACAAAAAAGAAGUAAAUACCCGAGAAUCAUGUGUAACUAUUGUACAAUCAGAUUCUGGUGAAUUUUAUGUUUACAGAAAAAAAGAAAAUGACAGUAUUUGAACAUUAACCUGGUCUUGUGUAUUUAAGUCAGACGAUGGCAAGGCAUUAACUAAUCCUUCCUGUUUUGUUUUGAGUUUACCUGGUAAACCUGCAACCCUCAUCCAAUCAUUGCCAUAGCCUAAAAUAAGACCAUAACAAGAGAAAAACCCCAGAUGAAAAACAAAAAAGAUAAAAAAAAAAUGCACCUUGGGCCUUUUUAUAGACUUAAAAAAUGGUUACAGCUUCUUAUAUUCUGAAUUGUAAUACUUUUUCCUCUGUGUUUAGCUACUUUCAAUAGCCUUGGACCAUUUAUAAUGUCAUAAGUGUUAUAUUUCACUUUAGUUUAUUUUUCUAUAUACCGAGCCAGCUGAAGUAACGACUUCUUUUGUAUGUUUAGAAACUCCUCUGAGACUGACAGCAGCGUUUUCUGUUAAACUUGUGUUAAAAGUGAUCAUAGAUGCUUUUAAAAAAAACGAUCAGUGGGAAAUGAAGAGUCAGCACCACAUUUUGCUUUGGCUAUGUACUCCAUCUCUGUAUUUUUUAUUUUAUUUUUCAUUUGUAUUGUACAAAGUCACUUAAUAAACCUGUGAUGGUA